AUGAGUAAUGGAAGCACAACCUCAUCCACUGCAUCAAUAACCAACGAUACAAAUGACUCGAAAAUCAUCCGAGAAUUCAGGAAGUUCAAUCCUUCAACAUUUGAUGGAUCAUCUGUGGACCCAACUAUAGCAAAGAAUUGGAUAACAGAAAUAAAAACCAUUUUUUGCCACAUAAACAUCCCAGAAGAACAGAAAGUAAAUUGUGCCACCUUCAUGUUAAGAGUUAGAUAUAAAAAGGAAAUGGAAUUUCUUAAUCUUUGUCAAGAGAACAUGUUGGUGGCGGAGUAUGAACGAAAAUUUGAUCGCUUGUCUCACUUUGUUCCUCAGCUAGUGGACACAGAAGAGAAGAAGGUGGAGAGGUUUAUUUGGGGAUUAAGAGAAGGCGUUCGGGACAUAGUUACUGCUUUCCGACAUAAAAAGUAUGCACUUGCCCUCAAGUUGGCCUUACUCAUGGAAGUAAAUCUUGCUGCCAAAACCUCAACUUUUGAACGAGAAUUCAUACCAAAUCAAAAGAGGAAAUUCAAUCAACAAGGCUUCCAACGUUCACAAGGGAAGCAAAAAAUUCCCAAGGCACUCAAGGCUACAGGGCAAUGUCUCCGGAACUUAGGAGUGUGUUUCAAUUGUGGCCAAACGGGUCACUAUGCAAAGGCUUGCCCAAAGCUCAUCACCCAAGUAUCAACUGACCAGACCACUCAGCCUACCAGUAACAAGGUUACCCAACAACAGAAAGGAUGGGUGUUUGCUAUUACACGUAAAGAGGCAGAGGAUCAAGAUGCAAUUGUCAUCCUCGGGUAUUAUGCCUUCUCUUUAUUUGAUUUGGGCUCUAGUCAUUCAUUCAUCUCUACAACAUUUGCACAACAUGCUCAACUAACAUCAAAGCCCUUAGGCUACAAUCGAUCCAUAGCUACUCCUAUCAGAGUAUCUAUGUUGGCCCAUUCAGUUGUGGAAAACUGCGAGUUGUCAGUAUCAGGACAUAAACUAGGGGUGACCCUUAUCAUCCUAGACAUAAGUCAUUUUGACAUAAUACUAGGUAUGGACUGGUUAGCAGCAAACUAUGCAAGCAUAGAUUGGCAUAAUAAAGAGGUCAUAUUUACCUUUCCAACAGGAACCAAGUUUAAAUUUAAGAGAUCUAAUAUACGAUCAGCCCCAACAAUAAUUUUAUCCUUAAAAACUAAGCAUUUGCUCAAUUAUGGGGCUUGGGCAUGUCUAUCAAGUGUGAUGGAUUUACGAAACCAAAAGGAUGAAAUUAAGGCCAUUCCUGUAAUAAGAAAGUUUGACGAUAUAUUCCCAGAAGAGCUUCCAGGUUUACCACCUAAUCGAGAAAUAGAAUUUUAUAUAGACCUAAUUCCUGGAGCUGAACUGUAUCUAAAGCACCAUAUAGAAUGGCGCCUGCAAAGUUAA